AUGGAGGAUCUUAUGGGACUUCUUCGAAUCCGAGUGAAAAGAGGGGCUAAUCUUGUUAGUCGAGAUUCUCAGAGCAGCGACCCUUUCGUCGUCAUAACCAUGGGUCCCCAGACACUGAAGACUAGUCGUGUGGAAAAUAACUGUAACCCUGAGUGGAACGACGAACUGACGCUUGCGUUCAAUGAUCAUAAUCAACCUGUGAUUCUCGAAGUUUAUGAUAAAGAUACAUUCACUUCCCAUGACAGGAUGGGAGAUGCGGAAAUAGAUAUUAGGCCGUUUCUUGAUAUUCAAGCAAUGGGUCUUCAAGAACUCCCUGAUGGAACCGAGGUCAAGAGAGUGAAGCCGAGUAAAGACAAUUGCCUCGCUGAAGAGAGCAGGAUCGCGUUCAGUAAUGGAAAGAUCGUCCAAGACAUGAUUCUCAAGCUGAGAAAUGUCGAAAGAGGUGAGGUUGAGAUUCAAAUCGAGUGGAUCAGUGUUCCAUAGAGUCGAGGACUUUGAAAUAAAACAUUAAAAAACAGCUGUGUGAAUUGAAUUGUACGCACACAGGAAGAGUGCAAUUCUACGUACUCCUCGGACAUUAGGCUCUUUGGACAUUAAUGAUUAAAAGAACUGAAACAGAGUUUC